GACACGCUGCUGGCAGUACAACGGAUUGAUUCACGCUCCCUGGAAUUAAAGCCUUACGUUUGUAAAUUUUUCUACAUUUUUUUGCAAUACUGUGACGGGAUAUUAUUUUCUCUUCGUCUAUCUAUCAUGGCGGAUAGUAAAGUGGCGAGCAGCGGAGACGUGAGCGCCAAGGAGCUGAAGAAGAAGGUGCGGGCCAAAGACACAGAGAACGGAGAGGAUGCUGCUGCCAACGGCAAAACUGACGAGGAGAACGGCGAGCCGAAGAACGAGGUAGAGGAGGAUGACGAUGACGUGGAAGAAGAGGAGGACGAGGAGGAGGAUGGAGAGGGUGACGAAGAGGAUGAUGAAGACGAUCUCCUUGAUGUGCCAAGGAGGAAGAGGCCAGCUGAUGAUGAUGAUGAUGACGAUGAUGAUGAUGAUGAUGAUGAUGAAGAAGAGGGUGAAGUUGGAACCAAGAGACAGAAGACAGAUAAGUAGAGUCUACGGCAGGAACAACAUCAGGAGACGGACAGUUUUCCAGCAAACCCUCAACACCUCAGUCCCUCCCUCUCUUAACAAGAAUACUUUUCAAAAAGAGAAUUUGUUUGUAUUUUUAUUUACAUUUUUAUAUUUUUGUAAAUACUGUAAGAAAAGGUCAGCCAUUAUGCAACAGUGAUCCUUUUAUGGCUAUCAAGUGGUGCUUUUAAAAGAUUUUUAGGUCAUUAUAAACAGCCGUCCACAUUGUGUAUCAACAUACACACACUUUUAUUACAUCAUAGGACUCUAUGGUCUGGAGGAACAAGGUUCGGAUGAACGGCAUUCAUCUUAUGCUGAUAUUAAGAUGAUUUUAACUAACUCACUGCCAGAACUAAAAUGUUAUAAUAAAAAGAAAAAACAUCUCUCUUCCAUAGACACCCUACAGCUCCAUUCUUUUAACUCAUUCUUAUCAAAACUUUGCUCUCUUGCUCCAUUAGACUAGUUAACAUUGUGGAUGUGAUUUGGAUUGAUAUUAAUAGGUGGGUGCAUAUAUGGGGAAAAAACACCUAACCCUAAAAAAAUUCUAACAAAAGGUUUCUCAGCUGUUGUCCUUAAUGUCCUCAAUAACAUACUUAAAGUUUACCAAAAUCUGACCACUAGAAAGGUGUCAUUUUCAAGAUGGGCAGGACCAACACUAGGCAGAGCCAUAUGAGAAAGGAGAAAUCUGUAAUUACUGAAGGAAAACUGUAAAGUGUCUGUGGUGAAGGUGCUCAUGCAGGAAGGCUCACUGGAACUGCACUGAUCUUUGUGGUUGUAAAUGUAAUAAAUAAUACGAGUGAAGCUAAAGAAGUUCAAUUAAAUGUAUGCAUGUUGUUCAUUUUUCAGAAAAUAUGUACCGUAUAUGACCUAUAUUAAUGAGUUGGUCAAAUAAUCAUCUAGUGAUAUUCUCACUAGAUUUAAUGGAUUCCUUGAGCCAGGAAAUGUAGAUUUUGACACCAAGAUUGAUCUUCUAAGUGGCUUGGAAGAUGUAUUGGUUCUCAUAGAUUUUAUUUGGCUGCCAUCUCCGAUCCACAAUCUUGAUGAAGUGGCUCCGAUCAAAAA